AUGCUGAAUCGGCUGAUACUUGCACCAGGAGUUAUCAGAAUGUGAGUAAAAUCUUGAGAAAAAAUAGAAUAGAAAAUGAUCCGAAAACAGGGCGUCGACGUUCAAAAAUCGUUUGGGACAAGAGAAAAGUCCGUAUCUUCUCCAACAUGCGAACAAUCCGAUCGAUUGGUAUCCGUGGGGUCCAGAAGCGUUUCAAAAGGCAAAAGACGGAAACAAGCCGAUCUUCCUGUCAGGUUUGAGAAUUCCUAACAAGAAAGCGAAUAGUGGGAUAAUCCAGUUGGCUACUCAACUUGCCACUGGUGCCAUGUCAUGGAAAAAGAAUCAUUCGAAAAUGAAGGCACCGCGAAGAUCUUGAACGAUAACUUUGUGGCGAUUAAGGUUGACAGAGAGGAAAGGCCAGACGUCGAUAAGCUGUACAUGGCAUUCGUUGUGGUGGGAGCAUUCAGAAGGAUCACAGUAAUGCAGAUGUUCAGGCAGUCAGUGGACACGGUGGUUGGCCGAUGUCUGUCUUUUUGACCCCCGAUCUUCAUCCGAUCACGGGCGGCACAUACUUCCCGCCGGAUGACAGUCGAGGAAUGCUCGGAUUCCCAAGUAUUCUCAACAUGGUUCACUCGGAGGUUGGCUGGAAUUCCUCACUGAAAAUAAAUAUAUGCUUUUUUCAGUGGCUGAAAGAAGGAGAGAGCCUCACCAAAAGGGGAGCUCACAUUAUAAAACUGCUGCAACCGGGGACCGCUUCUGGAGAUGUGAAUCAUUCCGACGACGUCUUGAAGGCUAUUUUCUCGCACAAAGAGUCCUCGUUCGACACUAGACAAGGAGGAUUCGGAAGAGCUCCCAAGUUCCCAAAGCCUCCGAUCUCGACUUUCUCAUCGCAUUUGCUGCGAUCAAUCGCAACAAGGACGCGGGAAAAGGAUGCAUUCGGAUGCUCAAAAAGACGUUGGAAUGCAUGGCCGAAGGAGGCAUUCAUGAUCACGUCGGAAACGGAUUCCACCGAUAUUCGGUGGACGCCGAAUGGCACGUUCCACACUUCGAGAAGAUGCUGUACGAUCAGAGUCAGUUGCUGGCCACUUACGCGGAUUUCUACCGCUUGACAGGAGAGAAAAACGAAGUUAUUGGCGAAGUUAUCGAGGAUAUCUUCGAGUACAUGCAGAAGAUCAGCCACAAGGACGGAGGAUUCUAUGCGGCAGAAGACGCGGAUUCUCUGCCACGUCACGAUUCGGAAAAGAAGGCAGAAGGGGCAUUCUGUGUGUGGGAGAAGGAGGAAAUCAGGCAGCUGCUCGGCGAUAAAAAUAUUGGAGAAGCCAGAAUGUUCGAUGUUUUCUGUGAUUAUUUCGACGUGGAAGAUGGUGGAAAUGUGGGAAGAGGGUCGGAUCCGCACGGAGAAUUGAAGGAGAAAAACGUGCUGAGAAAGCUGCUCUCGGAUGAAGAAUGCGCACUGAAUCACGGAAUCGCGAGGGAAGAACUAAAGAAAGGGAUAGAAGAGGCGAAGAAGAUUCUGUGGGAAGUGAGAAAGAAACGGCCGAGUCCGCACCUCGACUCGAAAAUGGUGACUGCGUGGCAAGGACUGGCAAUCACAGGACUCGUGAAGGCCUAUCAGGCACUGGAAGACAAGAAGUUCCUGGAACGAGCUGAGAAGUGCGCGGAAUUCGUCGGAAAGAACCUGGAGGAGAACGGAGAACUGAAGAGGGCCGUGUACUUGGCAGCCAAUGGAGAGGUCGAGCAGGGAAAUCAAAAAAUGAAGGCGUUCUCCGACGACUACACAUUCUUGAUUCAAGGCCUUCUCGAUCUUUAUACAAUCACUGGAAAGGACAAAUAUCUGGAGAGAGCUGUCGAAUUGCAAAAGACUUGCGAUGCAAAGUUCUGGAAUGGAAACGGAUAUUUCAUCAGUGAACAGAGCGACGAAGGGGUUUCCGUUCGAAUGAUUGAAGGUUGACAAAUGACUUCAUCAGCAGAUCCUAACUUUUAUUGGUUCAGAUCAGGACGGAGCAGAGCCGACCGCCACGUCAAUUGCCUCCAAUAACUUGCUCAGAUUGUGCGACAUUCUGGAGAACGAUGAUUACCGAGAGAAAGCGAAUCAGUGCUUCCGUGGAGCAGCUGAACGUCUCAAUAGGCACUGCAUCGUUUUCUUUUCUCCCUCCAUACUCAUUUUUCAGUGCGCCCAUCGCCCUUCCCAAAAUGGCAAUAUCUCUUCAUCGUUGGCAGGUCGGAUCGACCACUCUCGUGCUCGUCGGAGAUCCCGAAUCCGAGUUGCUCCGCGCCGUCCGUCACCGCCUUAACGACAGUCUGAUUCCCAAUGUGUCCGUCGUUCACAUUCGCUCGGAAACCGACGCGGGCACCCUGGGACCAUCUCAUAAGGAGAUGGGAAAGGCCCCCAGCCGGCAGUGUACAUUUGCAAAGGAUUCGUGUGUGAUCGUCCGGUCAGAAGCUUCGAAGAACUGGAAAACAAAUGGAAAGAACUGUAGAGUAUCAUUCCAUGCCAUAGAUCAUAUUGUAUCUAACUUUUGCCCCUAAUAAAUAUUUCACCGAACAUCAGUCUCACCACAAUCGACCACCACGUGUACUGCUUUGCAUGUAAUAUGCUGACCGUCUUAUCACUGGAGACGGGGCUGACGCCACUGCCAAAAGUUUAACAAGCUAAUUUAUUAGCACUCCGACGAUGGCAGCAGUAUCGAUUUGGUUUCAUGCUCCGAGAAGGUAGCUUCUGAUAACACUGAAUUACGAAUACCAGUACAAACAGAUCAAUGUCAAAUGCGACCUGACCAGGAACCCCCCGGAGGUGUCCUAUUGAUCCCUAGCUUUUCACGAAACAAUUUAGAAGAACCUCGUUGUCCUAUCAGGCUGCAACUUUCAAAGUUGAAAUUCAUAAGGUCGAAUCGGAUAACUCCAACUGAGUUAAACGUCAAGGAUUCAGAGAAAUGUUUUGCCAGUUGUGAGCCUAGCCAUAGAAAACAUGUUAGUGAAAGAUCAGAGCCUCUUAAACCAUUUAUGGGGAAGCUGGGGGCUCUGGAACUAUUUUGGAUGUACUGGCUGCCGGUGUUGCCGGAGCCUUCGGAGUGUGCAUCCGCGUACACGUUUCCCUCCUCCGGCCGUUAUCUUUAUGGCCUUUCCCCGUUUUACCGACUGUCAUGCGGACGUGGCUUCCUUGCCGGGGUUUUUUUGAAACCGCUCGUAGAGUUAUUUCCGUACUUAAUUGCUGCUUAAGUCCAUUUCCAGCAACGCGUAAAAUAGGGUUAUGGCGCGGUUUCUUGUUGGUUGAUAAAGGAAAUAGGAGGUGUUCUUUCUCUCUCUCUCUCUCUGUGUCUCUCUCUCUCUCUCUUCCUCUCUCUGAAUCGUUCGUCUUGAUGUACUGAACGGUUGUAAAUAUUAGGAAGUAUCGUAUUCACUGUACCUUUUUUGUGUUUUAACCUCAUUUGUUCAAAUGAUUCAGAGACCGUAAUCUUUUUUGCUUUUGCGGUCUCGCCGUCAUAACUGAGAUUCCAAUCCUAUUACUCUGUUUCUCGCCUCCCCGUCCCUCUCUGCCUUUUAUCAAUUACUUGUUAUCAGUCCCCUCUUGUAUCAACACAUCAAGAGCACACACUGCUCUCUCGUCCCUCUUUUUCUAUUCUGAACUUAGAUUUCCUAUUUCCGGUUGUUUUUGCAGUUCUUAAAUCAUGUCUCUGCUCCGGAGGCCUUGGCUGCUCGCCGUCCUAUUACUCGUGCUCGUCAGUUUUGCGGCAACUGCGUGCGAGGAAGAGGAAGAGGAAUAUCCAUCCAGAUACCCGAUCGCCUACUUUGAAUGGGAAAAUGUGAAGAUCCCUAUGACGAUCUGUCUCUGGCUGAUCGGAGCCUCCAUUGCCAAGAUCAGUCAGUUCCCGUGCCCCUUCUUUCCGUCACCCUACACUCUUUUUCAGUCUUCAACCUGAUCCCUCAUCUCAACGAACUCUUCCCUGACUCCGCUCUUCUCAUUAUGAUCGGUCUUAUCAUCGGAAUCAUCUUCAAACUGAUCGGAGUCAACAAGAAUGCGUUCUUCCUCGAAAGCGAGGUGUUCAUGCUCUACCUGCUCCCUCCGCUCGUCUUCGAUGCCGGCUACUUCAUGCCCGCCCGUCACUUCUUCGACAACUUCGGAUCCAUUAUCUGCUUCGCCAUGCUCGGAACCACUUUCAACAUCGUUGCCAUCGGUACCUCUUGCCCUUUCCUCCUUUCAUUUGUAUUCUAUUCCAGCGCUUUCCCUUUGGGCCAUCGGACUCACUGGACUCUUUUCCGUCGAGACUCCGCUCAUACACAUGCUUUUGUUUGGUUCCGUCGCCGCAGACGUCGACCCAGUGGCCGUGAUUGUCAUUUUCGAGGAGCUCAAGGUGAGCAUCGUUAAAUUUUAAUGGCUCCGAUAACGUCACAGCUUGGGAAGAAGAACGGAAAUCAAAGUUUGCAGGUCAACGAAGUGCUUUUCAUUGCCGUGUUCGGAGAAUCGCUUCUGAACGACGGAGUCGCCGUCGUGCUCUACCGAAUGUUCCUGACGUUCUCGGAGAUUGGAACGGAGAAUCUCAUCACUUCCGACUACAUCAACGGAGGAAUCUCGUUCUUCGUCGUCGCUUUCGGUGGAAUCGGAAUCGGACUUUUGUUCGCUUUCCUCGCCAGUCUGCUCACAAAAUACUCGCGAGGAGAUGAGAUCAAAGUGCUCAACUCCGUCUUUAUUCUCAUUCUCCCGUACACGUGCUACCUCUGCGGUGAACUUUUCGGUCUCUCCAGUAUCAUGGCGUCAGUUACCUUUUCCUUCUCUCCUCGAAUUUCCCUUCUCCAUUUCAGAAUCGUGUUCUGUGGCGCCGCAAUGCGUCAGUAUUGCCGUGAAAACGUCGACGAGGGAACAGUCAAAUCGACGGAAUCCUUCAUCAAAGUGCUUUCUCUUGCCUCCGAAACCGUCAUCUUCGUGUUCCUCGGCCUCUCCACAGUCUCUUCCGACCAUCAUUGGGACACUUCCUUCAUCGUCCUCACCGUCGUUUUCUGCCUCAUCUACCGUACUCUUGGAGUCGUCGUCAUGUGCUAUUCCUCAACAAAUACCGUCUCAACAAGUACACAAAGGUCUGUCCGUGUGUUUUCUUGUGUCCAGAAGGAACGUCCCUUUGCAGGUCGAUCAGUUCAUCAUGGCCUACGGAGGUCUGCGUGGAGCCAUCGCUUACGGAUUAG